AUGGCGCCCUCCAAGACGAAGACGAUGAAGAACAAGCACGCCGGCGGCAGGGGCGGGCAGAACAAGCACCAGGACCGCAAGCCCGGCCCGCCCGACGGCAUCGUGCGCGCGAAGAAGACAGCCGGCACCCCGCCCUCGACCAAGACGAUCGUGCAGAACAAGGUCGCGCGCCUGCUCGAGAAGCGCAAGAGGGACAAGAACAAGAAGUACACCGACGAGGAGCUCGGCCUGCCCAAGCUCAACAUGAUCACGCCCGUGGGCGUUGAGAAGCCCAAGGGCAAGAAGAAGGGCAAGAUCUUCGUGGAUGACCGGGAGAGCAUGAGCACGAUUCUUUCCAUUGUCCAGGCUGAGAAGGAGGGCCAGAUCGAGUCCAAGAUGAUCAAGGCGCGCCAGAUGGAGGAGAUCCGCGAGGCGAGGAGGCUAGAGGAGGAGAAGAAGGUCGAGGAGCGCAGGGCGAAACUCGAGGACGUCAAGGACGGCCUGCGCAAGAAGAGGAAGCGCAGCAACAAGAACACGGGCGUCGACGAGGACAGAGUCAGCGAGCUGGCGGCGGCGGGCACCCGCGCCACCAAGCCCAAGUCGAAGAAGCGCGUCUCCUUCGCCGGCUGA